GCUCAAACCCCUCCGGACUUCAUCUAUCGAACCGAGAAUACUCUGAUAGUCAACUAUGCGGGCAAGGUCCUUGAAACACCAGGGAACAAUUUAUCUGUGUCGGACACCCUCGCGCAACCAACCAUCGGACUGCAACAGAACAAAGUCACCGGUCCAUUUGUCUUUGUAAUGGUAGACCCAAGCCUCAACGAUAACAGUGGCGCCACAGAUGCUCUUCACAUGGUGCAGACGGACCUAUAUCUUGUCCCAGCACCCACCACGGUCGACGGCGUCACAUUCUACCAGCUUACCGCCUCAUGCGAUCCCCUAGCUGCCUAUCUCACGCCAAACCCUCUUAUCGGCACCGAAAUCCACUACUUCACGCAGUUGCUCUUUGAGCAACCUUCGAAUCUGGAGAUCCCAGCGAAAUAUGCGUGGUAUUGGGCCGAUACAGUGCUCAAUAGAGUGAACUUUCCAUUGCAGGAAUUUGUUGAUGAUGUUGGCUUUGGGGAGCCGGUCGCGGCGAAUUACUUCCUG